UGAGCGGUUUUUGUGUGUGCAGCAGCAGCAGCAGCGUGCGAACGGGGCCUCAAGACCGCGCUCUUGGCUGUAUGUGUUUGUGGUCGUUCUCGCUCUCGCACCCAAGGGGUACGCUGCCCGAUGCGUGUGUGUGGUUCUCGCUCUCCCUCUCCCUCUUGCUAUGUGUUGCUGCACGCUUUUAUGUGUUGCUGACACUGCUGUGUAUACUUCUCAUCCGUGUGCGCGCGCUCUCUCUCUCUCUCGCUCUCGCUCUCUUCGAGCGGUUGGGCGUUUUUCGAUCCGGGGGUUUUUCGGUGUUUUACGUACAGCCGUCACCACACAAAAUAACGACGUGUGGAUGAGAGCAGUAGUGUAACGGCAGGCCAGCGACACUCGGCACACGCGCGCGCUCCUCUCGGAACAAAAAGCGACAGAACGCGAAAACACAAAAAAACAACUAAAAAGAUACUAAGGGAAUUUCUAUCGCGGUGGUGUGUAUUGUGUGUGUACGGGCAAUACAAGGACAGCGUUGUGUUGUGGCCGUGUGGUGGUGUGCAUUUAGCAGGGUGGACGGUAGUGGAUUUAGCAGGAAAUUCCCGUUGUUUUGUUUGGAAAGAAAAUCUGGUCCCGGGAAAGUGUUUCAGUUUCGUGACAGUUGUGUGAGGCAAACAACAACAGCAGCAGCGACUGCGGGCGAGCUUUAAAAAACCCAUUGUUGGGGGUCGCUUUUGUGCAAACUGGCCUCUCCGCUCUGUGUGCGUUCGUGGAAAAGGCAAAAGCUCAGCAAUAGAUAGCCCCCCUUCCCCGCCUGUGUGUGCGAUAUUCCAGCAAAUCCCGUCAAGUGUGUGUGUGCGCACAGUUGCGAAUCAAAAGGCUUGUGUGUGCGUGUGUGCGCUCGCACGAGAGCAACGGCGGAGUGUGCGUGGUGUGUGGAGGAAGCAGGCAUUUGCGAUACACACACAGAGUGUAGUGUGUUGGUGUCGGCUAGAAGCACAACAAGCAGAGCAAGAAGAAAACAACCUUGGUGUGGGCUGCGGUGUGGUUGGUGGUACACGCCCGUCCCUCUGUGUGUGAGGCUCCCGUCCCCCGCUCUGCCGCUCGGUGUCCACACUCCGGUGGAAUGUUGAUUUGCGGCAGUGUGCGUGCACGUUUCUAAUACGGCUAUAGAAGCAAUUGGUGGUUGUGUGCGUGCGCGCGUGUCUGUUGGCAGUGGAAAGUACCGAAAGAAUCAAAGUACACACAGCAGAUUUUGACAGCUGAAAGGCACGCGUGACAUCUCCUCGGAGUUCCUGCGAGUGUGUGUUACUGUGCGUGUGUGUGUGUUGUGUUGGAUGGAAAGGUUGACAAAACGACAGUUGUGCUGAAAGAAAGGAGGGAACCUUCCUGUUGGAAACAUCCAAAGUUCCUCACCGUGAAAGUGUCUGUGCGUGUGUGUUUGUGUGUGCUGUAAAGCUAUCGUAGUAGUGGUAGAAACCGUGAUUAUGAUUACGUGAAAAUCGCCCCCACCCCUCCUCGUGUGCGUGUGAGAAAGCAAAACAGCCCCCCCUAAAAAAAACCUCCCACACCAGACAAGACCAGGUCUUGAGUGUUCCCCCCACCUGUGUUUUUAGAGUGCUCUCUCCCUCCGAUUCCGUGUAAAAGCGCUUCCGGUGGUGGUGGUGGAAGAAAUGUCAUCCGCGGCACCGGUCACGGUGAAACAGGAGCGGCACGAUGACGCCGAAAUCAACGAGAUGGCGGCAAAGAUAGUGGAGGCACACAAGCAACAGUCGGCGAAGGCGGCGGCGGCCGCCGUCCAGCAGCAACAGGUGCCGGCCCGACCGGCCGCGGUGGCGGCCACCGUCACCGCCAACGGUGUCACGAACGGCCAGACGAACAUACUGAACUACUUGACGCGCAAACCGACCGCCACAGCCGGCAACGUGAUGGCGGCGGCGUCGGCGGCUACCACCGUUGCCGUCCCGCUCGGCAGUGGCCAAAGUGUCACGUCGAACGGCAGCGGCAAAGCGUACGACGGUGGCGGAUCCUCGGACCAGAACGGCGCCGAGAAGAAGGCCAACGACGAGGAAAGCCAGAAGGGACACUUCGGGUGGGAGGUGUUCCCGGCCAAGGUGCACAUCCCGUUCAUCCUGCGGCAGCAGGAGCGCUACUGCGCGGUGCGGAUGGUCGAGAUGAAGCUGCUGAACAAGUAUCUGAACUACCUGCACCAGGACAUCUACACGUGCACGUGCGUGCGGUCGUACUACAUCACCGAGGCGGAGUGUAAGCUGCUGAACGAGAUCAACCAGAAGCACUGCGACAUGCACUUCGGGCGGGAGCUGUUCACGCUCAAGGAUCUGGUGGUGCGCGUGUCCGACGCGUACAAGUUCUACCAGUUUCUGGAGGUGUGCUACAAGAAGCUGCUGAUGGGGUGCAGCACACCGAACGACAAGUGCGGGUUCAUCCGCAUCAACAAGGAGUCGGUGGUGCCGUACACGGUGCGCGACUACCAGAAGAUGGUGCCGCUGUUCUACUUCGAGGGCGAGACAGACAACCUGAAGCUGAAGGCGGACAACCUGUCCGGGUGGGAUCUGUCGUACCUGAAGUUUUGCUGCAAGGUGCAGGGCAUCCGGAACGAGCUGUUCGCGAGCGACUCGGUCGCGGUCAUCAGCCUGACCGACAUCAAGGGAUACUUCCCGCCCGGCACCGAGUUCGAGGACUACUGGCCGAGCAAGGUGGUCGACUCGCAGCUGCUUUCGGGGCCGAAAACGAACACCAUCCACUGGACGCGGCAGCCGGCCCAGCCGCCGCCGAAGGCGCCCACCAUCAUGGCGAACGCGACCGCCCGGAAGGCGCCCACCAACAACGUCUACCAGACGCUGCAGACCCAGCAGAACCUUGCCAAAUCGAACAACCAAAUGACCAGUAUUACUGCCGCUGUACAGGCUCUUACUAACAACUGGAACAACAUGGUCUCCUCGAACCAUCCGAAUCUGCUCGCCCAGCAGGAGCAGCUGCUACGACUUAGCCAAGCCCAACAGGCGGCCCAAGCACAGGCCCAGAUACGCAACAUGCAGAACAUGCACACGAUGCAGCAGUACAACUCUUACCUGAACAGCGCUAUGUCGCUGACGUCCCGUACGUCGCAGAAUCAGGCGGUACCGCCACCGCUAGUACGAUCGGCACAGGUUCAAGCGCAUCUGUCGAGUGGUGGCGGUGGCGCAUCCUCCUCAGUCCUUCGCUCGGGCACCUCCUCGGGUACCGCCGGCAGUGGCAAUACCUUACCGAACCUAAACCCCGCUCUGUCCAUAUUCGCAACCACCAGUAGCCCAAACGGUACCGUCAACCUGUCCCGGCUGAAUCAGCAACAGAUCAGCGAGCUCACGAUGGCCAGCACCGGUGGAGCGGGCAUGGUGGCGUCCAGUGGCGGCAGCAACCGUAACGCCUCCGCCGCCGCCGGCAAGUCGAGCCGUAGUAGCGCCAAUAGUAGCUCUAGUGCCGCUGCUGCUGCCGCUGCUGCCGCUGCCAUUGCUUCCUUUACUGCGGCCAUGAACUCUGGUGGUCGAACGGCGGGAAGCAGUGGUAGUGUCAGCAACAGCAGUAGCAACAGUCUGGAUGGAUUUUCGCUUGGACGGAAUGUAACGAUCACACCGGCCGGGAAGAGAGGUGCAAGCACGCUCGACGAGCUCACGGUGGCCGGGCUGGGGAGCUACGGUGCGAACGGCAGCCGGCAACCGGUAGCGUACCCUAAGAAUCCGAUCUCCAUCACCGCGGUGCCGGUUGGUUCGCCGACGCGUGCCUCACCGAAGGGCGGUCAGGCAAGGCAACCGCCGCCGGCCCUAAUACCGGUCGGUGGCGGCGGCGUCAAUAACGAGCUGAUGGAUAGUCUCGUAGCGAAUGGCGUCGAUCUGUUGGCUCAUUUGCGGAUGAGCAAGGAUAUUGAGAUCAUUAACGAGCGCCUGUUGGAGGCGAGCAAUAGCGGCGGCGGCGGCGGCAGCGGCAAACAGUUACCAUCGUACCGGGAAAGCACAAACACCAACACGGGCAGCCCUAGCGUUAUAGUGCACGAUAAGAGUAGAGCGAGCGGCAAUAGUAGUAGUAGUAAUAGUAGUAGCAGUAGGCACGAUUACACAAGAAAUCAGAGCGUGAUCACUAGUGCGGGCGGCGGCAAUGGUGGCGUGGCCAGUGACGGAAGAACACACUAUCUGAACGCGCUGAUCGCAGCAGGACUGUCGGAUGUAAUCGAUCUAUCUUCUACCCAAAGGUCCACGAUGGGAGGCACCACGCUGCCGCAGCAUCUGGCGGCCGCCCAGCAGGCGGCGGCCGCCGCCGUUGCCCAGCAGCAGCAGCAGCAGCAACAGUCACAGUCUAGUCGGCGGGCGGCGUCCGCAUCGGCCGGCCUGUCAUCCGGUGGCCGGGCGAUCUCCAACAGCAGCUCGUCCGGCGGCGGUUCCGGAAGUGGCAACAGUGGCAACGGUGCGAGCGGAGGAGCGAACAGCUACCGCAACGCCAGCGUAGCCGCUCUGCAGCAGCAGCUUCAGCAGCAGCAGGCCCAAGCCCAGCAGCAGCAGGUACAGCACCAGCAGCACGCGGCGGCCACGGCGGCUGCGGCGGCGGCAAUCAAUAGCCUGACGGAAACGCGGCACGGUAACAUGAUCGUGCUGCCCGAGAUGAACAUGGGCGUGACGCAGUACAAGCCGUACGAGGUGGUGAAGAAACCGGUCGAGAAUAAGAUCAUCUACUGCGUGAACAAGACGCCGUACCGGAACACCGAGUAUCUGAUGACGAUCUUCGACCUGAAGGACGUGUUCUUCCCGUACAUCAGCCUGGAGGUGUGCCGGCGGGUGCUGAACGCGCUCGACAUCAAUCUGUUCAUCGGCAAUAGAUGAUACAGUGAAAUCUCUCUAAGGUAAAUAUUCGAAGGGACCGUAAGCUUAGAGAGGUUUUCAUGUUGAGGAAUGGCUAUGAAUGUGUUGCUAUGAAGUAUCCAAGAAACCAUGGGAAAAACUUGGCAUCCUUGGACCAAUAUUUUUGUGACCUGUCAUCGACAUCUUCCGCUGAGAUAAUUUGGGCUGCUGAAGUUUAAAGAAUAUUCGCCUUAGGCAGACAUUCAUCUUGAAAAGAGAUAAAAGGGAUGGAAUAUGACCUGACCAAAAUAUCGGAAUGUUAAUCUUGAAGAAGCAAUUCAUCUUGAAGAGACUAGAAAGAUUUCACUGUAGUUGCAAUGGGAAACUGCGAAUUUAACCGAAUUAUGGACAUUGCAGAUUCGUGAAAAUUUACAAAAUUUUACUUGAUUUUUACUUGAUAUUUAUUAAGUUUUUGAUUCGAUUUCCCAAACAUGAAUUCAGGUGUCGAAAAUCAUGUUAACAUGUUCACAUUCGAAAGUGAGGCGGAAACCCUGUAAUACUGUUUACGUUGGCAAAAUUACUCGCUAAACCCUGUGUAGUUUUGACAUUGGGAAACGACUGAGUAAACCCUGUAAUACUCUUCAAUACUGUGCAAUA